AUGCAGGUGACAUACUCCAACUCAAGUACAGGACUUUGUAACAUCACAGUGAAUUGUUCAGGCUGGGUGUUUUCUGUCUGUGAUGGAGGUCAGUGCACACUGUACCAGGAUUCUCUGUCAUUCUCUGAGGUCAACAUCACCGUCUCCAGUGGUAAUGGAUUCAUCCAGUGUAUCGUCAACAAUCAUGUCAGCGCAGAGGCCAAAUCCCAACGCAUGGAGGACAUGUGUAAGUCUAAUUUACUAGCUUCCACCUUCUGUGCAUACCUUUUAUCCUUCUAUCAUUGUAAAAAAUAUAUUUAUAUAUCAACAAAAAGUUUUAACAUCAUAGUUAUUAUUAUUGUUCUCCAGCAAAAUGUUGAUUAGCAGUGUGUGUGUGUGUGCGUAUGUGUGUGUGUCUCAGGUAUUGGUCAGAAGAAGGGGAGAGCUGCAGCAUCACCAGUUGGCACCAUUGUGGGUGGUGUUAGUGGUGGAUUGUUCUUCAUUGUGUUAGUUGGUGUACGAUGGAUCAUAUCAACCAGAAGAUGGUGUAAAUAAGAAAUGUCAUUGCAGGUACUUUCAAUUCAUGUAAAAACUAAUCAAAAUCACCAAAAUAUGAUAUACAUGGUCUUUCUAGGACGCUGGAGCUAUGUUUUUAUAAAAUGUUAAACAAUGACUAUUUUAAUGUUUUUACAGUAUGUCUCAUCUCCUAACAGGUCACCCAGGGAGCGCUCCACCAGGGGAGAAGCUGGAACCACAGUUCCCCCAACAGGCAGAUGCGUUUUACAGCACUGUGCAGCAACCAACGGAACAAGAUCGCCAUCAACUGGACAAAGUGUGCACUGCACCAGAAGAGAGGCCAGGACCACAGAGCCCUUCUGAGGCAGAGCCUACAACAGUCUUCUAG